AUGCUCGGGAAGCAACUAACUCCGUACCUAAUCAAAGCCGCACGGAAAUGCGCUGCUGGAACUCCUACUAGAGCAACCGCCUCAACACUUUUCUUCCCAUCGCACUCGUCCUACGCCACAGCAGCUCCAUCGCCUUCUCCGAACGAUGUGUUCGCAACCGGGAAUAACGCCUAUUACGCAGAAGAGAUGUACAGGAGGUGGAGACAGGAUCCAUCGAGUGUGCAUGCCUCCUGGGACGUAUAUUUCUCAGGUCUAGAGAACGGUUUGCCCAGCCCUCAGGCAUUUACCCCACCACCCAGUUUGCUUGAUGUCCCUCUUGAGACUGGGGGAGCACCUACACUGCAUAUCCAGGGCGGUGCACAACAGCUAACAGACCAUCUCAAGGUUCAACUUUUGGUUAGGGCGUACCAAGUUCGUGGGCACCAUGUCGCAGAGUUAGAUCCCCUCGGUGUACUCGAUGCAGACUUGCAAAAUAUUCGGCCCCAAGAGUUGGAAUUAAGCCAUUAUGGUUGGACCGAGCGUGAUCUUGACAAAUCAUUCAAUCUUGGUCCUGGUAUCCUGCCUCAUUUCGCUACAGACGGCCGUUCGUCCAUGACGUUGCGCGAAAUUAUUGAUCAGUGCAAGCGAAUAUAUUGCGGCCACAUAGGUGUUCAGUACAUCCACAUUCCUGACAAAGACCAGUGCGACUGGAUACGAGAGCGCGUUGAGAUUCCUCGACCAUGGAAUUAUACCGUGGACGAGACCCGUAUGAUACUUGACAGGCUCAUGUGGUCUGAACUUUUCGAACAGUUCAUCGCAAGCAAAUUCCCCACCGAAAAACGAUUUGGUUUGGAGGGUUGUGAAGUCCUUAUUCCUGGCAUGAAGGCACUCAUCGACCGGAGUGUCGAGCAUGGAAUCAAGAGCAUCGUUAUUGGUAUGCCGCAUCGUGGGCGUCUAAACGUGUUGGCAAACGUUAUUCGGAAACCCAUCGAGGCUAUUUUGAACGAAUUCACGGGCGCGGAGGAGGAUGCGGGUGGCGAUGUCAAAUAUCAUCUUGGAGCGAAUUAUGUACGCCCUACACCGUCUGGAAAGAAGGUAGCCCUCUCACUUGUUGCCAAUCCUUCUCACCUUGAAGCCGAGUAUCCUGUCGUUCUUGGAAAAACUCGAGCCGUCCAGCACUUCGAGAGCGACGAGAAGCAACAUAAUGUUGCUAUGGGCGUUCUGCUUCACGGUGACGCAGCUUUUGCGGGUCAAGGCGUCGUAUAUGAGACGAUGGGCAUGCACAAUCUCCCUGCUUACGGCACUGGCGGUGCAAUCCACCUCAUCGUGAACAAUCAGAUUGGUUUCACGACUGAUCCUCGUUUCUCUCGUUCGACGCCUUAUCCUAGCGAUCUCGCAAAAGCGAUCGACGCACCCAUUUUUCACGUGAAUGGGGACGAUGUCGAAGCUCUUACCUUUGUCUGCCAACUCGCCGCGGAUUAUCGCGCCAAGUUCAAGAAGAACGUAGUCAUUGACAUCGUCUGCUAUCGUCGCUAUGGCCACAAUGAGACCGAUCAGCCGAUGUUCACGCAGCCAAGAAUGUACAGAGCUAUUGAGAAGCAGGUCACCCCCCUCAAUAAGUACAUGAAAAAACUCAUCGAUACUAAAGUUUUCACCGAGGAGGAGAUCGCUGCCCACAAGAAGUGGGUUUGGGGUAUGCUUGAAAAAGCCAGUGCUGCCGCAAAGGAUUACCAGCCGAGUCCGAAGGAGUGGUUGUCUUCUGCUUGGCCGAACUUCCCAAGCCCUGUUGAGCUGGCGGAAAACAUCCUACCCCACAAACCCACAGGUGUCGCUGCCGAGACGUUGCGGCAUAUUGGCGAUGCUAUUUCCAGCUAUCCCAGAGGCUUCACACCUCAUCGUAAUCUUGCUCGUGUUUUAAGCAACCGCGGAAAGACAGUGAGCGAAGGGAAAGGCAUUGAUUGGGCCACUGCUGAGGCAUUGGCAAUCGGAUCGUUGGUACUUGAGAAGUGUGAUGUCCGUCUCUCGGGCCAGGACGUUGAGCGUGGCACCUUCUCGCAGAGACAUGCUAUCAUUCAUGACCAGGAGAACGAAGUUCAGUACAUUCCACUCAACAACCUCGGCGGUGGUCAGGCCAAGUUCAGUGUCUGCAACUCGUCACUCUCAGAAUACGGCUGUCUCGGAUUUGAACUCGGCUAUUCUCUCGUCUCACCCAACUCACUCACCAUAUGGGAGGCUCAGUUCGGCGACUUUGCGAACAACGCUCAAUGUAUCAUUGAUCAGUUCAUUGCUUCUGGGGAGAAGAAAUGGUUGCAACGUACUGGACUUGUGAUGAAUUUGCCUCAUGGGUUUGACGGCCAAGGCCCAGAACAUUCAAGUGCAAGGAUCGAGAGGUUCUUGCAACUUGUAGACGAUCACCCCCAUAUCUACCCACCACCGGAGAAGCUUGAGAGGCAACAUCAAGAUUGCAAUAUGCAGAUCGUUUAUCCUAGUACUCCGGCUAACUAUUUCCACGUGCUUCGUCGUCAGAACCACCGUGACUUCCGCAAGCCACUUAUCUUGUUCUUCUCAAAGCAACUCCUUCGCCACCCUAUCGCCAAAUCGGAUCUUGAGGAAAUGAUGGGAGAUACCAUCUUCCAGCGCUACUUGCCCGAGCCAUACGAAGAUCAGCUCGUACCCCCUGAGGAGAUCAGGCGUCAUAUCCUCUGCACUGGCCAAACUUACUAUGCUUUGUUGAAGGGACGUCAGGAUCGCGGUAUCAAGGACGUUGCUAUCAGUCGUCUUGAACAAAUCUCGCCCUUCCCUUACGACCUCUUGACUCCUCACCUCGACAGGUAUCCCAAUGCGGAUAUCCUUUGGUGUCAGGAAGAACCAUUGAACGCUGGCGCAUGGUCUUACGUUGCCCCUCGCAUACAGACCGCGACAACGAAGACUGAAUAUCACCAGGGCAAGUUCCCACGCUACGCGGGACGUGAUCCAACUAGUUCCGUCGCCACGGGCAGCAAGUCCCAGCACAAGAAAGAGAUUGAGAAGUAUUUGAACGACGCCUUCGACUUCUCCGACCAGUAA